AGAGUCCCGCUAGACCGACGGACAGACCAGACUGACCGGCCGACAGUGACUGCAGGACGCGGAGCUGAGUUUAGAGGGAGUGGGGAACAUGAAGAUGUGUCCAUGCAGACUGCAGAGCUUUGCUGAAGCCUCUGUGUAGAUGUGAAUGAAUGGGUUCGUCUCAGUGUGUGUGGUGCUGAACUGGGUCAUGCGGACCACUGGAGGAGCGAAAGAUAAACACGCACCCUCCUCCCGCUGCUUGGCAGGUUGAGAUGGUGGGCGCUCAGAGGAGGGAUCCCAGCCUGUGUCCUCAUCACAGCAUCCAGCAUCAGAUGAUGCUUUGAUUUCAUCCGCCUCCAAAGAAAGUCACAAAAACUGCAGCGCAUCUCCAGAAACUAGGCAGGAAUCAUCAUCUUGGGCGGGCAGCAAGCAAAGCGCAGCGACGGACCUCAUCCAGGCUUUGGCAGCUGUGAAACUGCAAGCAUCUGAGGUUGUUGUUUAUUUUGUUGUUUUUAAAGGACCUGCGCAGUUUUCUCAGCACCUAUAACUGAUCGAUAACUUCCAUCAAACGAGGAGAGCAAUCUAUCAGUUUCCUGCAGACCCCGGCGGAUCAGUGCUGAGCAGAGCGCAGCAGCUCUGCUCGCCGAGCGGAUGCAGGACCAUGGAGGAGAGAGACAGGUCGCCAGCAGUCUGCCCCACAGCGUCAAGGCGAGCCUGUCUCUUUCUCCAUCUGGGCCGGGACGGGUGGGCAGCGGCGGGGGCUCCCCUACAUCCAAGAUGGGCUACUGCGGAGGGGUGCCAGUGGAGGACAUGCAGGCCCUGGCCAUUACUUCUCUUACGGCAGCAGAUGUAGCCAAACAGUAUGAGCACAUCCGCGAGCUGGGGAAGGGCACGUACGGCAAGGUGGACCUGGUGGCUCACAGAACACAGGGCACCAAAAUGGCGCUGAAGUUUGUUACCAAGAACAAGACGAAGCUGAAGAGUUUCCUGCGGGAAUACAGUCUAACAGGCUCACUUAGCUGCAGCCCUUUCAUCAUCAAAGUCCUGGACGUGCUUUUUGAGACGGAGGACAGCUAUGUAUUUGGACAAGAAUAUGCCCCCGCUGGGGACCUUUUCGACAUCAUCCCCCCACAGGUGGGUCUACCAGAGGAAAUGGUCAAACGCUGCAUGCAACAACUGGGCCUGGCGCUGGACUUUAUGCACAGUAAAAACCUGGUGCAUCGGGAUGUCAAACCUGAGAAUGUGCUCUUGUUUGACCGCGAAUGCCGCCGCAUCAAGCUGGCAGACUUUGGCAUGACCCGGCGCGUGGGCUGCCGUGUGAAACGGGUGAGUGGCACCAUUCCCUACACGGCGCCAGAGGUGUGCCGGGCCAGUCGUGCUGAAGGUUUCCUUGUGACCACCAGCCUGGAUGUGUGGGCGUUCGGCGUGCUGGUCUUCUGUAUGCUGACGGGCAAUUUCCCCUGGGAGGCAGCGCUGCAGGCCGAUGCCUUCUACGAGGAGUUCCGGCGCUGGCAGAAAGCAGGGUGCCCUGUGGGAACGUACCCGUCUCAGUGGCGCAGAUUCACUGAUGAUGCCUUGCGCAUGUUUCAGAGGCUGCUCGCCGCUGAGCCGGAAAAACGCUGUGGAGUCAAGGAUGUUUUCUGCUUUGUCAAGUAUGAGCUGGUCAGCGAGCUCAGGCGCAGAGCAUCCUGCCGAGCCAAGAGAGGGGAAAGGUCAAGCUCGGGAGUGUGUACUGGCAGUUGCACUUCAUCCUCGUCCUCCACUACAACACGUUCCUCCCACCGACACCCUGAGCCCUCCACUCCUCCAGGAACAUCUUGCUUGCGCCCAGCACCACUCAAACGUAGUGUCCUGUCUGACCCGCUGUCUCCCAGAGAGGAGUCUGGACAGCACCAGUCUCCAGGCCGAGACAAGAACAAAAGCCAGAUGGUGAUGGCAACUGCCAUUGAAAUCUGCGUGUGACCACGCUAAUGUUAGCGCUGGAGACUUGGAUAGCUUUUCACAGCAAUAACAAACUGUGAAGAGGUGUUAAUAACUACCACAGAGACUCCAGUGAAAAAGGAGACCGACUUUAACCAUGAAAGAGAAAGCUCAGGAUCACAUCCACCGCUGUGGAAAUGGACAUCAUCAAUCAGCGGUACACACUCGGACAGCUCAUCAUUGGCACAUGCCGCUUAGGUUUUGAUUUGUGACCAAAGACUGCUUCCCAAGCUGAGCAGCCAUGCAGGCAGCGUUUAACAGUCCGCUGAUGAUGUUCCUCUCAGCAGCUCAUUCUACCAUCCAGACAUUCGUGUUUUCGGCUCAUACACUGUGGUGGUGCUAAUGAUUCUAUAAUUAGAUACUUCAUGAAAACAGAUUCUGUCUCUUCUCACUCAUCAGUCCGUGUCUCUUUACUUUAGUCUUUAUUCAUCUCCGAAUACGAGCUCCAGGGAGGCCAAAACGUCACCUGAUCAGGCGAUGCUGUUCAGUCGGAGGCUGGUGAUCUGAGGGCAACCUACGCAACUACAUUCGUCCGCCAUUUGUCAGACUUCCUGCCAACUUCCAACUGUUCCAAUUUUGUCCUCGACAUUUUUAAGAGAAAGUGUUCAAAAGAAAAAAAAAAAAAAAGAAAGCUUAAUGUAGCAGUUUGUAUGAGACGUCUUUUCACGAAGGUGUGUCGCCCGAAAUACAGAUCAUCAGUGAUAGACACCCCCUCAGGACACUUCAGUGGGUCACUUCCUGUUUUAUCAUUAAUGGAAAACCAUCGACUGGCUGGAAGACACAUCGGCCACUUCCGAACUUCAUCUCCAGUGUAACGCAGUAGAAUACAGGGAUUGUACAUUUUCUGAAUGGAAAGGGUGAUGGAACAAAGAGUAUUGUUUCUUUUCUACCUGCUGUGUGUGUUUGGACAUGUAUGUGUGUGAUUCAAAAGCUAAAGCACAAGAUUUUUGUAAAGGAGGAGAAAACUACGACUCUUUAUUGUAAAUAAUUUGAUAUUUCUAGGAGUGCACCGUAAUAUCAGGUAGUUCAACUAUGUAGCUGUACUAAUUUUUCUACAACAGGGAAAGUGGGUUUUAGGGUUUUACAUUUACUGUUGGGGCAAGGCACUGUAUGUAGCAACACAAUGUGACAGAAUGUACAGUCCACCACAGGAAAUUAAAUAUAUAGAGAUAUGAUCUAAAACCUAUCACAAUGUAUAACAUGGUAGCAGUUGCUGAUCUCAGUUUUCUUUUACUGCUUUGGGUUUUUUCUGAACUGGACCAAGUUUUCUUGACCCAAAUUGGUGAACAGACAUCACUCAUUUGUGCAUUUUCCUGUGACUGUAACCUUAUCAUGAGCAACAUCCAUUUUCAGUGUACAAUCAUUUAAAGCUCAGAGCUGCUUUGCAGGUCAGCACCGUACAAAUUAAUUUUCCAAGCAUCACAAAACGUGUUCCAAUAUUUGAUUAUCGAGAUGCAACAUUAAACACACAAUCCCAACUGCUCAGAAUAUGAUGUUGCACCCGUGCUCACCUUUAAUUUAAUCUUCCUGCCUCUCUCUGGGAAGCCAUCCAAAUGUGUCAUUCGAAUAGCAGUACCCAGGUGUUUUUUGUCUGCAGGAAUGACCUCUGUGUCAGCCAUUAAUGUUCUGCAAGCUGUUGAUUGAUCCUGACACACAGCUUCCAAAAAGAUACCGCUAAUUACGAAAGCAUCUAAAAAGCACAGUAUGUUCAGUGUGUAUGGUUCAAUGCAUGCUCAUUACCAUCACUUUCCCUGCUUCAAUUGCUUUAGUGUAAUGUCAGUCAGGUGUGUGUGUGUGUUUUUGUCUUUACUUUUCUUAUAUACCCACUCCUCCCAUGACAGCCCAUCAGCUCUGUCGCUAUAGUGACAGCACCAAUGUUCCUCUGGUUCGGUUUCUGUCCUGUCUUCUUGAACGUCAAGUCUAAUUGAGCCCAAAUGAAAUAACUGGUCACUAACCCCCCCCCCCCCCCCCCCUCCAGACAGCUGCUGAGCUUAUUAUACUGGAGGACUCAUUUCUGCAUAUACACAUUUUCUUCAAUUUUAUGAGCCAGUUCACAGACCAAAGUCUUUAUCCAUUUUCAUCUUACAUAAUCAGAGCCGUUGAUGGUCCCUAUCAUUUCCCUCGUCUCGUUCCAGCCUCACUCUUGAUUUUGCAAAGGUGACCUGAUUGAGGCUGAAGCCUUGUCAAAGGGGUGUAUUGUAUGCUGAGAUGCUGGCUGCCUCAUAGCAUUUGUCAAAAGGUAAUCCGUCAGUAGAUUGUAGUGGGGUGUGAAUCAGCCCUGCUUUACAACAAAAAGACAGGGAUUAGAUGGAUCCUCAUAUUGUGUGCUUAAGGUCAAGUAACACAACUUAACGCAAUGAAACAUAACAUAACAUUGGGUUGCAUGAUGCUAUAUCAUUGCAAAACACAACGCUGGUGUAACAUAACAUGACACAAGAUCACAUGAUACAUUAAAAUAUGAUGCAUCAUAACAAGGAAAUUUAUCGUGACAACAUAUGACGCAUAAUAAAAUGACAUCAUAUGAUGAUGUGUCAUAAGAGGACAUAUAAAAUGAUGCAUCAUAACAUAAGGUAAUGUAAUAUGAUUCAACGUAAUAUGAUCCAUCAUAACAUGACACAUCAUAAACUUAAAUAUACAUGUAGCCCCCAACUUGACUCAGCGCUCUGAUGUGAGCAGCUUUGGCUUUGUAUUCAUCACAGCCAUUAUCAUCAUUAGACAUAGACAUAGCGGUGUGCACAGUUGUUUCUCAUGGACUGUUAUAACAGGAAUUGUCAAGUUUAAUGAUGAGGUGUCAAAUUAUAUAAAGUUUUAUUGAAGCUCUAGAGAGUAGCCUUCCUCUUACCCAGUUUAUCCUUAUCAAAUUAUCAAACUGUUUCCUGCCAGCAAGUGUUGUUGUAGAAUCUCAUGUAAAUACUAUACGUAUUGUGUCUUUAACAAAAACGGAAAAAAAAAAGAAUAUACAAAAUGUUAAUAUAUGUUGAAAUAAAUUUAUGCACCACG